AUGGUUGCUGAGGUAAAGCGAUUACCGAUUCCAGAGAAAUAUCUCCCUGGGCUCGACCCUGAGUUUCGUAAACUGUGGGACGAGCAUGGCGCGUAUACCACAAGGGCCGACGAAAGACCAGUGGAAGAGUAUCGCGAAAACCCAGCGAGCCUGAGCUUUACAUAUCCCGUCUGGGCUGGCCCGCAAGUGUUCAACGUGCGUGACUGGAAGGUGCCAGUGUCCAACCCCGAUGGCGAAGUCACCGUUCGUGUGUAUACUCCUCAGGGGCCGGGCCCUUUUCCUGUCCAUAUCAACACCCACGGAGGAGGCUGGACAGUCGGCGGGCUUGGUUCGGAGGCUGCGUGGUGUCGCGAAAUGUGUAACCGCGCGGGCAUAGUGGUUGUCGACGUGGAUUAUCGACUCUCGCCUGAAGUGCGCUUCCCAGUGGCCCUAUACGACUCCUGGACAGCGAUUAAAUGGGUGAUUUCCCAUGCCGCCGAGCUGAAUGUCAAGCCAGAGAGUCUUUCCUUUGGGGGGCUUUCCGCCGGUGGUCAGAUGAGUGCUGUAAUGGCUCACUUUGCACGGGACGAAGGCAUCGACGUCAAACUCCAACUCUUGACCGUCGGCGCCUUUGACUUCCGACAGGUGCCUGCCACCGGCAAAGACAUUGAGGGCCCCGUGCCUUAUGAGAGCUUUGUCACUUACAAGGAUGUGCCUUGGGGACCCUUGGGAAGGCUGCAGUGGUUCCUCGAUCACUGGAUCGGGACUGACCCAGAAGUGCGCGAGAAGACGUUCAACGACUGGCGGUGUUCCCCGGUCCUGGCACCAUCUUUUCAGAACCUUGCCCCUGCUUUCAUCGUCACCGCCGAGUUCGACCCCGGCCGAGAUGAGGCAGAGUAUUACGGGACACUGUUGCGUGAGGCUGGAAACGACGUGGUCAUCAAGAGGUAUCCGGGCAUGCCUCACGCGUUUGCCCACUACAACCAUCCUGAAAGAGGUCUUUCCUUGAGUCGAGAGUAUAUCAAGGACACGGCGGCCGCCCUUGUCCGGGCACAUGGACUGGCACCUUAG